UUUUAAAUCUCUGAAGGACAGCUGCUUUGAUUUUGAGAGAGGUGUUGAUUUUGGCUUCUCUCCUUCGUUGGACCCCGCUUAUUUAUCGCUCGCAUUUCUCUCAGACGUGAAAAUGGGGCUUUCUUUCGCAAAGUUAUUUAGCCGGCUUUUUGCCAAGAAGGAGAUGCGAAUACUGAUGGUUGGACUUGAUGCUGCUGGUAAAACUACCAUUCUUUACAAGCUUAAGUUGGGAGAGAUCGUCACUACCAUUCCCACCAUUGGUUUCAAUGUUGAGACUGUUGAAUACAAGAACAUCAGCUUUACCGUUUGGGAUGUUGGUGGCCAGGACAAGAUCCGACCAUUGUGGAGACAUUACUUCCAAAACACCCAAGGACUUAUUUUUGUGGUUGAUAGCAAUGAUCGUGACCGUGUGGCUGAAGCUAGAGAUGAGUUGCACAGGAUGUUGAAUGAGGAUGAGCUGAGGGAUGCCGUGCUUCUGGUAUUUGCAAAUAAGCAAGAUCUUCCAAAUGCUAUGAAUGCUGCUGAGAUUACUGACAAGCUUGGCCUUCAUUCUCUCCGCCAGCGUCAUUGGUAUAUCCAGAGCACAUGCGCUACUUCUGGUGAAGGACUGUACGAGGGACUUGACUGGCUUUCAAACAACAUUGCAAACAAGGCAUAGAUGACGUAAUUGAGUCGGUGUUCUCGCUACCCUGUUGGAGUUCUGGACAUCAACCCAUUUAAGUGUUUUUUUUUUCCAUGUUUGUCGCAAAUUCUGCCAUUUGUUACUUAGUUCAAGAUUAAUUGAUACGUUUCCUGGUUUCCUUGCCAAAAAAGAAAGAAGCUUCCCUAGUUUGGGACUGUUCUUUCCCUAGUGGAAAUUGAUGGUUAGCCAGUUCAAUUACUGUUAUGUUAAAUAUACAGUCUAUAGACAUGAUUCAUUUUUACCUUAAAUUCUUGAA